CUCGGACGCGCCGCUCCAAGGGACAGUUUGUGGUCCCGCGGUCUGGAAGGUGCGGCGGCGAGACUGGCCGGGAAGAUGCCAGUGGCGGUGAUGGCGGACAGCGCCUUCAGUUUCAGGAAGCUGCUGGACCAGUGCGAGAGCCAGGAGCUCGAGGCUCCUGGGGGAAUCGCUACACCACCCGUGUACGGCCAGCUUCUGGCUCUGUAUCUGCUCCAUAAUGACAUGAAUAAUGCAAGGUACCUGUGGAAGAGGAUACCGCCUGCCGUGAAGUCUGCAAAUUCUGAACUUGGGGGAAUUUGGUCAGUAGGACAACGAAUCUGGCAGAGAGAUUUCCCUGGAAUCUACUCAACCAUCAAUGCCCACCAGUGGUCGGAGACUGUCCAGCCAAUAAUGGAAGCCCUUAGAGAUGCCACGAGGAGACGCGCCUUCGCCCUGGUCUCUCAAGCGUACACCUCCAUUAUUGCUGAUGAUUUCGCAGCCUUUGUUGGGCUUCCUGUAGAAGAGGCUGUGAAAGGAAUCCUAGAACAAGGGUGGCAAGCCGACUCCAACACCAGGAUGGUUCUUCCCAGGAAGCCAGUCGCAGGGGCCCCGGAUGUUUCCUUUAACAGGUUUAUUCCCCUAUCAGAGCCGACCCCAGUUCCACCGAUCCCCAACGAACAGCAGUUAGCCAGACUGACCGAUUAUGUGGCUUUCCUUGAGAACUGACGGAUCAUUCUGAGCUCAGGCUCGACCUUCAGAACCCUGCACGCCGACAAGUGCAGAAACGGGAAGUUUUUAUUUUUACUUAAUAGAGUAAGCAGCUCAGCGCUCCUCACUGAGAGUGUGAUAAAACAACAUGCUAUAAAGUGUAUUACAAACAGUGCUGAGUAGUGGUUGAAGCAGUCCUCAGUUCAUACUAUUGAACACCGGUUGGAGGCCAUCAGUAUUACGCUGUUAGUUUAUAGUCCCAGCAACCAAGACGCAGGCUCUCCUGCUUCCUGUAAAACUGGGGUUGCCAUAGCAUCGCCACACUCCACACCACUGACCCUAGCUGUGGUGACGUGUUUGGGGUUUGAGGACUGUCUCAGGGCAGUGCCUGGCCUCCAGGGUUGUGAUUCACUUGCAGAACAAAAUCCUGAUGUGGAAUGUAGACAGGCCCUGCGGAGCAAGUCGACCCACUUCCAGUAAAGGAGCUUGCUAGGGCCACACUUCUCCACGAGGGUGCCAGCAUGGCUGGCCGUGGAGGGUGUGCCUCGAAAACUCAAGCUAAGCUCUCCGUGUGCAGUGCUGGGUUCUGACGUCAGAGGGGAUGCUAGGUGUGGCGUGCAGUGUGGGGAAGGGAGCAGCUGAGGGAAGUGGGCUGGGCCGCCUCCUGCUCUCCAGUUGCCGGUUCUCUGAAGACCUGCGGAGUGGAGCGAGGCCUUCCUUCUCUGACAGCCCUUUGAAAGUCGCAGUUGCUGUGUCUAUAGUUGAAAUGCCCUUUAUGCAUUCGUUCUGCGUUUGUUCAAUAAAUCUUUAAUUGAAUUCUCAAA